AUGCGCCUGACGCUCGGCCAGAAGCGCGAGGUGGUGGACCUGGCCGCCAGCAAGAAGUUCACGCACCGCGAGCUGGCCGAGAAGUUCCGCGUGGGGCGCACCACCAUCACCAACAUCUGCCGGCAGGAGGACCUCAUCCGCACGGAGACGGACUCGGCCGACGCCACCAAGAAGAAGCGCAAGACCACCAAGUGCACGUACGACCUGCGCGUGCUGGACGAGUGUCUGCACAAGUGGCGCAUGGAGAUCAAGGUCUCGAGUCCGGACACCAAGCUCACGGGCACGGUGCUGCAGCACAAGGCCAUGGAGCUGGCCUGCAAGAUCGUGCAGGAGCCCUACGCGGCGCUGCCCGACAAGGUCAAGCAGGCGCUGCAGAAGUUCACGGGCUCCAACGGCUGGCUGGACGGCUACAGGACGAGGUUUGGCUCCUUCAGCAGCAAGCAGCUGCCGGGCGGAGCUGACCAGAACGUUAUCAAGAGCGUGGACGUCCAGACGCGGCUGAGGGAGCUGCACCACAGCUUGAGAGGCGUGGAUCUGGAGGACAUUUGGACGGGCGGGGAGUUUGCAUUGAUGUACAAGGCACCGGUACCCGAACCGGUGGGGGCGAAUGGUAGUGGAGCUGCAGGCAAUGGCAGAUACACGGUGUCGCUGUUCGUGAGCGCAGCGGGGGAGAAGUUUGAUAUGCAAGUGAUUGGCACGGAUCGCAACCCGCUGCUGCUGGAAGGGGUGGACACCAGGGAGACGUACAACAUUCAGUACGGCUACUCGAAGACGGGCUGGCAAGUGGCGCAGACGACUGUGAGCAUGCUCAAGUCGCUGAACGCACGCGCUCGAGGGCGCAAACGCACGUUUCGCGUGAUUUUGGACUCGGCUGUACCGCACGUCAAGGCUGCCAUGAUCUUGGACUCGCAGGGAGACCAGCGCACGUUCUUCGUGUACGACCAUCUUCAGAUCUACUUCCUGCCGCCCAACUUCAAGGCUUCCCGCUUCCACCCGUGUCACCUUGGAGUGAUUCAAGCUUUCAAGGCCCGUUAUCGCUGCGAGAUGCUGGAGACGUUGUUCAGCAAUUACCGACAAAGCGUGAUAAGCCAGGACCCGCGCGGAUUCCACCCACAGCGCCACUUGCACACUCGCAACGUCUUCCAUUGGCUAUACGUUGCUCUCCACAGUCUCGACAAACAUCUCAUUCAGACGUGCUGGGUACAUAGUGGUCUGUUGCCCACCCAGGCCAUCGCCUCGCUCAGUUUACGUGCCAUUCUGAGCACCCCCGCUAACCCGUCUCCGAACAAUUCCCAUGGCGGUUUGCCGACCGCAGCGCUGUUAUACCGAGACUUACAACGGCAGCUGACGAAAAUCGCCCAGCACGCCCCCGACUUUCUGCGCUGGAUUGGUGUGAGUGACCCGACCAAUGCGCAGUCAUUUGUGGAGAUGGAAGGCAACGCCUCUGUGACCGACCCAGGGAUCGAUGAGGUGCAGAUCAUCCGCGGCGUGCUCCAGAAGCAUGGAUACUUGUCAACAAAGAAGCUCGACGAUGAUAGUCACGGGGCUGGAUCAUACGAGACCUUCGAUGAUGUGGCGGAGGAAAUCUGCCCACGACAUGAUGAGAUCUUGGCGUCAGUCGAUGUUCUUAAGAAGUACCUGCGUCUAUCGAGAGACGCGAUACCGAGCCGUGUUGAGGCUGUAGUGCAACUGAACGAGAUCAAGAAGGCUAUCGAUGCUGCCGACGCGUUUCGUAAUGUGUGA